AUGCUCGAGAGUGCUACGCGAAGGAAGCGCAAGCGUUCCAUCACCGUCGAGCCUUCCUGCAUUUUCGACACGAGUCCAACUUCGGAGGACGUCGAGGGGAAGAACGAUACCUCAGUUGCCGUCGAAGAUGAGGAUGGACCUCUGGUCGACGAGCUCGCUUCGCCCAAGGACUCGGACCCUCUCACUAUUGAAGCCUUCUUGCAGCGAAGCUCUGCGGCACGGACGAAGACCUAUCGCGGAAAACGCAAACGUCGACGGGUGCAUUUCGCGGAAAGCGACCACGACUACGCGCCCUCGGAGGAUGACGCCGGCGAAGCAGAGGACCAGUUGUGUCUAGCCGCCGACGAUCAGCCCGACAAUGAUGAUGAGCCUCUCGCACUCCUCGCCAGCUCUCCGCCGCGGUGUCCUGCCACUGCUCCGCCGCGCAAAAGGAAGACAUCCCUCUCGCACCGUCUCACCAUAGCUGCCCUAGAGUGCGGAGGCACAGUCCCUGUCGAACCCGAAUUACCGACUACGCCUCCCCGCAUCCCCCUGACUUUCGUCGCUGCCAAUGGCACCACCAAGCCUCCCAAACGACCGAGGAAGACGGGCCACCUCGUUGAUCCCAGACGGCGUGCCGGGUUCGGAAGGUCGAUCUCACACUUCCGGGCUGCUGCGGCUCAGAGGGCUGUCAACGCUGCCUCGCCAUCUCGACCUGCUCCCGCUUCGUCGUCUACCGCUGCACCCAGAUCGAACUAUCGCGCUAAAUGGCGCACCCACGCUCCGCCGAUGCUCCCGAAAGCCUACCUCCCUACCUGCGCUGCGGACUCAAUCCUACCGCCUCUGGGCAAGAAACCUCACAGGCGGCAACCCGCGCAGUUGUCGGCUACGGUCCCGCUGAAACUGGUGCCGCUGGAGGAGUCCGUCGUAGGUGCGAAAGCUAAGACAGCAACGGGAAGGCCAGGUCGUCGGAUGGCGAGGAAGAAGGAUGCGGUGCUCACUGGUCCAGGACCGCUUACUUUCGUCUCCGUUCUGACAAAGAAGGUGCCACAAGCGUCCUCGUCCCUGCUUCAUACAAGCCGUGCUUCAUCUCCAGCACCGACGUUCUGCAUGACCAGCGUCCGCGACCGGCUACUUGGCUCUCGCCAACCUCCUAUCGCUGCGGACACUGAGAAUGUCACCGAAGAAAUUCAGGACCACAACAGGACUACCAUCUCAGAUUCUGUCGACGCACAGAACUCUUUUUACGCUGACCGCUCCUCACCGCUUUCUUCCAACGCUGCUUCGAAAGCGGUGUCCACACCGACUAGCAAGAACGCUCUUGCGUCGACUGCCAAACAUGCUCGUUCCUCCUUCUCAGAACUAGCUCCCUUCUCUGCCUUCAAGACGCCCUUCUCCAUCAACACCAAGACGCCGGUCACAUCUCACGUCAACGCAACCCGCCCGUGUACCGCUCAGACGACCCUCCCAUCCAGCACCAAGCCCCUGAAGCCCCUCGCCGCCUUCCACGACCGCCUCGCUGAGACUGUGCGUACGGCGUCGCAGCUAGUGGAUGCAGCGACUGGGGCGUUGCGGACUCCCGAGAGUGGCCCUCGGCGGAGGAAGAGGGCUAGUGAGGUGUCUGGGCGAAAGGCUGCGAGGCAAGAUUCGCUCGUACCAGCCUCCUAUAACGUCUAUGCUGGCGCCGUCUGCUCGACCUCCGGAUGUCUCUGGUGCUCGUCCUUCGAUUGCGUUGCUCCCGCGGCCUAUCGAGAUUCAUUCGCCAAAAGUCACUCCUCCGCACUCCUCUCCUGUAUUCCCUCGCUCUGGCUCUCCUCAUCCUUUGCGCGCAUCUCCAAUUGA